AAAAUUUACGAUUUUUACGUCGACAAGUUAAUACCCAAAAAGUUGAAGUUGGUAUGUUUAGAUUAUUGUUGUGUCUUGAGGAAAACGAAGGAUGCGAAAGUGAUUGGAGAAAUUUAAAGGUUAGUAUUUUCAAAAAUCCUAACGAGAAUAGUAAGGGCCGGUCCAGCAACACCGCAACAUCAACAAUCACCACCUUAGAGAUCCUAUUAUUAG